AAUGAAAAGUUUAGCCCGCAGUUACGUUUGGUGGCCCAACAUGGACCAAGUUAUCUCUGAGUGGGUGGGGAAGUGCAGACCCUGCCAGGAGUCUCGCCCCGAUCCCCCGGUAGCGCCCAUCCGAGAGUGGGAGAAACCAAAAGGGCCAUGGGGGAGGAUCCAUAUUGAUUUUGCUGGCCCCUUCCACGGGCAAACGUUUUUAAUUGUAGUAGAUGCCUUUUCGAAAUGGCUCGAAAUCAUUUUAAUGCCCUCUACCACAGCCGAGGCUGUUAUUAAGGCCCUUCGCAAGCUGUUCGCCACACAUGGCCUACCGGAUACCCUAGUAUCUGACAAUGGCCCUCAGUUCACAGCAACCCUGUUCGAGGGAUACUUGGCCGGACUAGGCAUCCGCCAUGCCCUAUCGGCCCCGUUCCACCCGGCUUCUAACGGAUUGGCCGAGCGUUUUGUAAGAAUGGCCAAAGAGGCCCUAUCCAGACUAGAUAACGAGGACUGGCAGGCCAGGAUAGAUCAAUUCUUAGCUGUCCAGCAUGCCACACCAUGCACAGCCACAGGGAGAAGCCCAGCAGAGCUCCUCAUGGGCAGG